UCUCCUGUACAGUGUCUGCAGUCUCUGGUCAUCUCCUGUACCGUGUCCGCAGUCUCUGGUCAUCUCCUGUACCAUGUCUGCAGUCUCUGGUCAUCUCCUGUACUGUGUCCGCAGUCUCUGGUCAUCUCCUGUACUGUGUCCGCAGUCUCUGGUCAUCUCCUGUACCGUGUCCGCAGUCUCUGGUCAUCUCCUGUACUGUGUCCGCAGUCUCUGGUCAUCUCCUGUACUGUGUCCGCAGUCUCUGGUCAUCUCCUGUACUAUGUCCGCAGUCUCUGGUCAUCUCCUGUACUAUGUCCGCAGUCUCUGGUCAUCUCCUGUCCUGUGUCCGCAUCUCUGACCGUCUCCUGUACCACCUCUGCAGUCUCUGACCGUCUCCUGUACCACCUCUGCAGUCUCUGACCGUCUCCUGUACCACCUCUGCAGUCUCUG